AUGUCCUUUAUCCGCGAAUCCAAGGACGAAAAACCGGUUCCGCCUCUGCCCCCGAGGCCCCCGAGGCCUGUCCACGUCGAAAUCACCGACGCCGAUCGGCCCAUGACCUAUGGCACCUUUCGUCGUCCCAACGUGGACGGCCUCACGCUGAUGGCCAACCUGUCUGAUGAGCUUGUCCCUACCUUUGAGAACAAGCGGCGCCUAGUCAUUGUCGGUGACAUUCACGGCAUGGACGCCUCCCUCGAGACGCUCCUCAAAAAGGUCGACUUCGACGCCGCAAAGGACCAUCUCAUUGCUGCAGGCGACAUGAUCAACAAAGGCCCCGACUCAGCUGCCGUCGUCUCCCGCCUUAUGAGCCUCAACGCCAGCGCCGUCCGCGGCAACCACGAAGACCGCAUCCUCCUCUCUCUCUCAGAAGCCGAGAACCUCACCGGCGUCAGCAAGGAUCUCGCAUCACCCCAUGACGAAGACCGCCGCGGCCAGGCCGAGUUCCUCGCCACGGGGCGCAAGCUGAGCAAGGAACACGUCGAGUGGCUCUCCAAGCUGCCCGUCAUACUCGCCGUCGAGCCGUUGCACAUGUUCAUUGUCCACGCCGGCCUCGUCCCGGGCGUCAAGCCCGAACUGCAGGAUCCCUGGGCCGUCAUGAACAUGCGCACCUUGAUCUACCCCCGCGAGAAGCUGCGUGGCAAGGGUGGCAGGAAGUCGUAUCGCAGCGAUGACGACGACGACGACGACAAUGCCGCCAGUAAUGACGAAAAAGCUUCACCCUCACCACCACCUCCCGAAGAAGAGGAAGGCGAAACUCUCGAAUCUAUCCAGGAGAAGGACGCCUACACUGACCGCGACACCAUUAUCCCCAUCGAAGGCCGCGAUGGCGAGAAGUGGUCCAAUGCGUGGAACCACUUCCAGAAGCGCCUCAAGAAAUCCCACCGCUAUACCGUCGUCUACGGCCACGACGCCAAGAGGGGCUUCCGCGAGGACAAGUACUCCAUUGGACUCGACUCGGGCUGCGUUCGGGGAGGGGCCUUGACGGCGCUGGUGGUGGAGGGCAAGGAAGGGUCCAAGGGGGGUUUUACGCAUACGAUUGUGCAGGUGCAUUGCAAGGAGCCUUGA